CUUCUUUUUUCACUUACAACACAAUAAAACAAAAUGUACCUUGUAUGGGUGCUGGCAAUUCUAUUCAUAAAUGUGACGGUUGCUUAUGAGCAGCGAUGUAUUGAUCCUGCCAAUUGUCAGUUCUACCCUGUCCAUAGUUGUUACGCCACAGAGGAAGGGCUUAUAUGCAAAAGUCGAAGUAAGUUUUUCUUUGUAUGUACACCAGCCCCCCAACCCAACAAUUAAACUGACAAUACAUAACACAUAGACCAAGGAGGAUUCGAAAUGAGUAUCGAACCUUUAUACACAUUCACUUAUACACCCUACAAUAUUAAGAACGAUACCGGCCUAGCUUGCAGUACAAUACCCAUUACUGAUGAACUUAUAAAUUAUGUCGAUUUUCGAGGACCUCAAGUGAUUAAUGUAGAUGAUUUAGACAUACUUGGUAACUGCAGUCGCAUGUCAUACUGUGAUAAACACUCGAGGACUUGUCAACCCAAAUUGCCUUUAGGCUCCAGUUGUCAAUAUAAUAUGCAAUGUUAUUUCGGUAUAGAUGGUAUUCCUGGUCAUUGUACCAACCAUACGUGUGGGAUCCGAGAAGAUAUUCCGCAAUACUAUUACAAUACACCCAAAUGGACCAUGGGCGAUCAGUGGCAAUCCGCAGUUUUAGGUGUAGUGAUUACCGGCACCAUUGCACUAUGUUUGAUCAUUGGUCGAGUACAAGUCAAGAAACUGUUUCAGCGAUUCAAAGUCAUGAUGGAAAAAUGGCAAAAUCCCGACACAACCCCAUCCACCUUUAUUGAGAAUGAACAAGUAUGGAAUCAACACCAUGCUGAACCCAAAUGGUGGAAACAAGUCCCCGGUAUGAAUUGGGUUUAUAGUCGGUUAAAACGAGGCACGGAAGAAAACGACCAAUAUUAUCAAUUAAAUGCUCGUGGUGAUGAACCACCCCCUUACAGAGAAGACUAAUAAUAAAAAACAAACUUUCCUUUUUAUAA